AUGAGAACUGGAUAUACAGUAAAUAAUUUGAAGAAUGACCGUAAGAGAUUCACCGCCAUAUGCAGCGUGAAAGGUUGUUCAUGGAGGCUUCAUGCAACUGUCAUUGGUAGUUCUAUUGAUGUUUUUAAGAUAAAGGAAUACGUGGGGAGGCACACCUGCGGUGGUGGUUACAUGUUGAAGAAUCCAAAAGUUUCGAGAAAGCUUAUGAACAAUUUAAUUCAUGAGCGUUUCAGGCACAACCCUUUCAUAAAGCCAACAGAGAUUGUAGAUUAUGUUAAAGUUGGUGGCGGGAUCGACAUCAAGUAUCACCACGCAUAUCAUGCACUUGAGUUAUCGCAUCAACAAUUUUUUGGUAAUGUUGUCAAGUCUUACACUGAUCUUUCUUGGUGGGUUAAUGCAGUUAGGGAAACAAACCCAGGUCAUAUAUUGAUUUCGACUUCAAUUAUGCUACAAAGAGAUUCAAUAGACUUUUUAUUUGCUUUGGAGCUUGUAGAGGGCUAUAAAUUCUGUUGUCUGAUGAUUUUCUGUGAUUGUACAUUUCUUACUGGGACCUUUAGAGGAGGUCUCAUGGUGACAACAUGCCUUAACGACAAUCAAGGUUUUUAUCCCCUCGCAUAUGCAUUAGUUUCACCAAUUGGGAAUGGUUUUUCAAGAAUCUGA